AUGUUAGCGGAACUCUCGUUAAAGGGACAUCACUUUAAAGAAAAUGUAAAGAACAUGGACUCACGCCAAGUGAACCGCGUCAGUGAGUCCUCUAAGUCCAAGGUUUUCCACUGGUCUCACCAAUCCUCCUCAGUGCUUCAGGGUCUAAACGAGCAGAGGCAGAGGAGUCAGUUCUGUGAUGUGAUGCUGGUGGCAGAUGAGCAGUCCAUACCAGCCCACAGAGCAGUCCUGGCCCUGUCCAGCCCCUACUUCAAUGCUAUGUUCACUUUAGGCAUGAAAGAGGAACAGCAGGUGGAGGUGGAGUUGGUCGGGUUGUCCUUUAGUGGUCUCAGGACUGUGGUAGACUUCUUGUACACUGCAGAGCUGCCAUUAGAUGGAGGAAACAUCGACAAUGUUCUUGAAGCAGCACAUCUUUUACAGGUGUGGCAAGUGGUGGAUUUCUGCUGCCAGUAUUUGGAACAGGAGGUGACUGAAGACAAUUACCUGUACCUCCAAGAGCUGGCUUUGCUCUACACUCUAGACCGGCUUGACACUUUUAUCGACAAUUUCAUUCUCUCACGCUUUGGGACCUUGUCUUUUACCCCCAACUUCAUGCAGGAUAUACCACUACAAAAACUAAUCAAGUAUAUUUCCAGCCACCAGGUGGAGCAUGAGAGUGAGCAGGCGCUGUUGCAGGCCGUUCUUCAGUGGUUGAGCCAAAGCCCGGAGCGCACGGCCCACGCUCCGCAGCUCCUGUCCCACAUCCGCCUGGCCCUGAUGCCUCUGGGAGACCUGGUGGGACGGGUAUUGCCUGCCAUCCGGGCUCUUCUCCCCAACGAGGCCGAGUGCGAGUCGCUGGUGGAAGAAGCCUUGGCCUACUAUGCUAAACCCAGUGCCCAGCCACUCCUGCAAACUGGAUCCACCUCCUUAAGAGAUGGAGUGGACAGCUUGAUUCUCGUUGGAGGAGAAGUGUCUGAGCGAGGAGAGGAGCUGAGUUCCAAUGUGUGUCGACUGGACACACCAGCAGGAACUUGGAAGGUGGAGACUGAGCUUCCAGCUCAGCGCAGUCAUCACUGCCUGGCUGUGCUCGGCAGCUUCAUCUUUGCAGCUGGUGGCAGCUCAGCCAGGGAUAAUGGAGGAGAUGCUGCGUGUAACUUUCUGUACAGAUAUGACCCACGUCACAAUCAAUGGACAAAGGGAGCCUCCAUGAACCAGAGGAGAGUGGACUUUUUCCUGGGGGCAGUAGGUGACUGUCUUAUCGCUGUUGGAGGCAGAAACGACUCUGGGGCUCUGUGCAGUGUUGAAGUGUACUAUCCCACUGAAGACCGCUGGUGCUAUGUCGCUGCAUUACCCAGGUGCACCUAUGGUCAUGCAGGCGCAGUGCACAGAGGUGCGGUGUACAUCUCUGGUGGACAUGAUUUUCAGAUUGGACCGUACCGCAGAGACGUCCUUAGUUAUGAACAUUCUCAAGACGGUUCUCAGUGGGUGGAGCGCCCUUCAAUGACCCAUGCUCGAGGUUGGCACUGCAUGGCCUCCCUGCACCACCUCAUCUAUGCCAUCGGGGGCAGUGAUGACCAUGCGGCCACAACAGAGCGCUUUGACGUGCUGCAGGUUGAGACUUUUGACACUCACAAGGGCCAGUGGAGCUGUGUGGCUCCUCUGCUGCUGCCCAACAGUGAGGCAGGACUGGCCGUUUGGGCUGGACGCAUUUAUGUUCUCGGAGGCUAUAGUUGGGAGGGCAUGGUUUUCUCCAGAGCGACUCAGGUCUAUGACCCCGCUAGAGGAGUGUGGUCUCAGGGGCCUGACUUGCCCAAGCGCAUCGCAGGGGCCUCUGCCUGUGUGUGCACCGUGAGGCCCUCACGGCCUUCUGACUCCAAAGACCAGAGGAACAGGCUUCAGCAGAAACCUCCCACGUGA